AUGGACGUCGAUGUAAAUCUGGAGGUCCUCGCCUGGGUUCAUAUGAAGCCAUCCGCCUCGACUGAAGUCUUUGUGGACACUCUCGACGACGGCAUGCUUUUCGAUGGCGAGGUCAAGUUGCAGGUUUACCAUUUGGCCAAGGCAGUGAAGGCUAUCGGUCUUCCCAUCUACCACACCGGUGUUGAGGUCUAUGGCCUGGAGCACUACUUCUGUGUAAACGGUGUGGAAUCGUGCUGGCCACGAGGGUACGGACAAGGAGUUCACAAGGCAGCUGUACCACUUGGUAAAACCAAGCUCAGCAACGCCCGUGUGGAGCAGAUGAUUAAGAAGAUCAAGCCCAAGUGGCCCGGCAAGGACUACAAGUUGCUGAGCCACAACUGCCAAACCUUUGCUGUUGAGCUCGUGUCUUUGCUGCUACCGGGAGUGGUCGUUCCAAGCGAGUAUCGUCGCUUCGCAGGUGCCAAGCCGCAGGCUAGCAAACCGGUGCUUGCGCGACGAUACUGA